AUGGUAAAAAACAUUUUUACUGAAGAUCUUAUACGGAUUCAAAAUUGGUUUUGUUCAAGAAAGAAAAGUAUGAAUUCAGAUUUACAUACUAAGCAACAUACAUUGAUAAUUCAGGAGAGUUCAAAUACAGAGCAAGAUAGUGAGUCCAAAUCAUCAACGUUAUCUCAAAGUGUUUCUCCUUUAUCGACAACAAUAUCCCACGUUGGUGCUAUCCGAAUAAAUGAUAAUGGUCGUCGUAUGAAAUUUGAUGGAAAAAAAUGGCAAGCAUUGUGCGGUAUGAUUAACUGUGAAAAGAGACAACAAAAAUCUGGCCUGUGUUGUAUGCAUUUUAAAGAACAAAAAGAUACUUUUAAAAUUAUAUUAGAAAAAUAUGUUCCAGAUGUAAAAAAUAUAGCACAAGAAAUUGGAAAAAACAAUAGUCACAAUGGCAAUAAAACAUCAAAAGUAAAAUCACCAACUCCAAAAUUAGGUGACAUAAAAACAAGUUUAAAAUCAAAUCGUCGUUAUAUAUUCGAUGGUACAAAAUUUCAACCAAUUUGUUCAAAAGAAGGUUGUGUUAAACGUGAAAAAAGUAAUCGACUUUGUGCAACACAUUCAAAUGAAAUACAACAACAUCAUGGAAAUAAUUUAUUAAUUACUAAUGAUUUAGAUCAUGAACUUAUGAGAAAUGAAUCAUUUUUAUUAUCAAGUCCAAUUGCAAUACCCAUACCAACAUCCAAAGUAGAUAAAAGUAGAAUAUGUAAUGAAUCAAAUCGUUAUUCUGUCAUUCGAAAACAAUUAGAAUCAUCCUAUGGAAAAGAUAGAUAUGAUAAAUAUGAAAAACCUUAUCAACUUUAUGAUAAAGAUUUUAAUGAGCAACGAGAUCAACAAAAUCUCAAACGACAUCAUGAUGAUGAUGAAGGAGAUGGAGAACCAGAGAGAAAUUUUGAAUUAAUGGAAGUUUCAUCAUCAAUGACAACAUCGCUCAAUGUUCUUAAACGUCCUGAUGGUAAUUGUCAACAGCCUACAUCUCCUUGUGAACGAGCCUCAUUUACACAAUGUCCUCAUUGUCAAAGAUUUUUAUGUUUGGCACAUCUUGUUGAACAUCAAAAUUUAAUGAAACAAAAACGUGAUCAAUUAUUCGUCCAAGCUAGUGAUAUUCAUUCUCUUUUAGCAUCAUUAAAAUUUGAUAAUGAAAAAUAUGAACAACAAUUACAAAUGGAAAAUGAAAAAUGGAAAGAAGUUGAAAUAGCACGAAUUCUUCAACAAUAUAAUGAUAAAAAACAAAAAAUAACACUUGAAAGUCAAAAGGUUGCUGAAAAAUUUGUUGAAAAUCAAAAAGAAUUAGUUCAACAUUAUGCUUAUACAAUAUCUACAAAAAUUCAAGAAUUAUCAAAACAAAUUGAUUUAUAUCCAUAUGAAAUUGAUGAUUUUAAUUCAAAUUUAACAUCAUUUGAUGGAUCUGUUCAAGAAUUAAAAAAACUUGCAAAACAAGAUAAACGACUAAAUAUAGAUAGUAAUGAUGUUAUUCAUAUCGUUACUGUAUCAGAUUGA